CCGAUGGUAUUUUCCCAUCUCGAUCGGAAAUUUGAAAUAUUUCAUUUUCCGUCGUCUAAUGACAAAUGACAGGACACAAAAACGCACACAACACACAGACUUUAAAUAUGGAGGGAAAGGUAUUAAAAAACAAGCGGCUUGCCGAGUUCUCACAGGAGUGCAAAAUACUUGUAAUAAAGUCGGUAGCGAAAAGGCCAGUGAUAUGGGACCUGGCCAAUAAAAAACAUUUCGACUCCAUAGCAACCAAAAAUGCUUGGGAUUCUGUGGCUAGAGAUAUAAACAAGGACGUGACUAUUUGCAAAUUGGCUUGGAAGUCUCUGAAGGAUAGCUACCGCUACCAUAUAAAGUCGGCAAGCAAGAGCAAGAGUGGUAGUGCAGGAGGGAUCCAAAUGGAGAACCCAGUGGCGAAUGACGGUGUGGAGUGGAUGUUUGCUCCACACAUGUCAUUUUUGCCCGACAUUUCUGCACAGAGGCGUACGUUUGCCUUCGACUUCUUGCCCAAGGAUGAGAGCAGCUUAGCCGGGCUGGAUGACGCUGCAGUAUGCGGCACCUCGUAUUUGGAGACACAGUGGGCCGCGGGCGAGAAGGAUUUAGAGAAGGAGCUGGAUGAUCUCAGUAGCUCAACGUAUUCUUAUGAAAGGAAAGCAAAGAAGCGAUCUCCGCCAAAAAAUUCCUCAUGUGCAUCCCAUGUUUGUGAGAUUUUCGGAAAAUUCGGAAAUUCUGGUGAAUCCAGAAGUACCAAUAAAUCCAGAUUUGGCAUACUGGAAUUCCAUGCUCAACUCGUUGCCGUUGGAGGACAAGGCAGAAGUCGAGGAGGAUAUAACCCAGUAUUUAAUACAAAAGAAGAGGUCAUUAAGAAAAUCUUCUGAGCAAAUGUAGUAGCUAUAAGCUUUAGUAAAAUGUAUUCUUUAAUAUGAAAU